UGAACUACCCUCGUAUAAUAAAACCCUAGCCCACCUACGCAACCGCGUGGUAGUUCCUCUCUCUGCUCAGCGUCCGUGUCCGGCGACGGAGCACGUCGUCCACAACAGCCGUCAUCCGCAACAGGCAACUGCCUCGCAUACACCGUACGUGCAGUCUGGUCUGUUGUCCGCCGCAACAGCUAACUCAAGCCUGGUCAGCCCUCCGAGAUCCUCUGAACGCUCAGCCUGGUCUCAUUGGCAGAUGGAUAUAAGUUCUGAAGAAGAGUCAGAUGUCAGUGAUUCAGAGAUAAAUGAAUAUGUGGACAAGCCAUACCAACAAUUGAAAACGGGAAAAUACAAAGUAAUUGUAAAUGGCACCUUAAGAUGCCCCUUCUGUGCUGGGAAGAAAAAGCAAGAUUACAAGUUCAAGGACUUGCUUCAGCAUGCUGCAGGAGUAAGCAAAGGAUCUGCUAAUAGAAGUGGAAUACAAAAGGCAAAUCACCUGGCCUUGGCAAAGUAUUUGGAGGAAGACCUUGCUAGUGAAGCAGAUCAUCAAAUACAAAAUCCCGGUGUACAGCAAUCUCAGAUUGAAACAUCUGAAGACAAUCACUAUGUAUGGCCUUGGAUGGGAAUCAUAGUUAAUGUAGUGCCUGAUACAAAAGACAGAAAAAGUUUGCUUGACAAACAGUACUGGUUUAAGAGGUUUGCUAAAUAUAAACCAUUGGAUGUUCAUACCUUUUGGAAUGAACGUGAUCCAACCGGACAGGCAAUAGUGAAGUUCAGUAAUGAUUGGAACGGGUUCGUGAAAGCAACAGAAUUUGAAAAAGCAUUUGAAGCGGAGCAUUACAGUAAAAGGGACUGGAAUGAAAGGAAAGACCAUCCUGGUUCAGAUGUAUAUGGUUGGUGUGCACGUGCUGAUGAUUAUCAAUCUGUGGGACCAAUUGGGGAGUUUCUCCGCCAGGAAGGAAAAUUAAGAACUUUUGAUGAUAUUUUCCAGGAAGCUGCUGAAAACAAGAACAAUGUAGUUGCAGACUUGGCCAAUAAAAUUGAUUUGACAAAUGAAAAUUUGCAUCAACUACAGUACAAGUACAAUGAAAAAACAAUGUCUUUAAGUAGGAUGCUUGGAGAGAAGGACAAACUACACUAUGCUUUUGUUGAAGAAACAAGGAAGCUGCAGAGGGUGGCACGGGAAAAUAUCCGGAGGAUUCUUGAAGAGCAGGAAAAAUUGAAUUAUGACCUGGAAAUUAAGAAAAGGAAACUAGAUUGCUGGAGCAAAGAACUGAACAAAAGGGAGGCGCUAACUGAACGCGAGAAACAAAAACUUGAUGAAGACAAGAAAAAGAAUGAUGUAAGAAACAAUUCACUUCAGAUGGCUUCAAUAGAGCAAAAGAAGGCAGAUGAGAAUGUCUUAAGACUUGCUGAGGAGCAAAAGAGGGAGAAGGAAGAGGCUCUGCAUAAGAUACUUGAGCUAGAAAGACAGCUAGAUGCUAAACAGAAGUUAGAAAUGGAAAUCGAAGACUUGAAAGGGAAACUAGAGGUGAUGAAGCAUCUUGGAGAUGAAGAUGAUGCAGCUGUCCAAAAAAAGGUGAAAGAGAUAACGGAUGAAUUGGCUCAGAAGAUUGAGGAUUUAGCUGAUUUGGAGGAAGUAAAUCAAGUUCUUAUUGUCAAAGAACGCCAGAGCAAUGAUGAGCUGCAAGAAGCACGUAAAGAAUUAAUUAAGGGUUUGACAGAGCUGUUGGGCAACCGCACUAAUAUUGGGAUUAAAAGAAUGGGAGAACUUGAUCAAAAGCCUUUCCUGAAUACUUGCAAGCAGAGAUUUCCUAUUGCAGAAGUAGAUGUAGAGGCCUCUACUCUUUGCUCAUUGUGGCAAGAAAAUCUGAAAGAUCCAGCGUGGCAUCCAUUCAAAAUCACAAAUGAUGGAGGCACUGCACAGGAAACAGUAGAUAAAGAAGAUGAAAAGCUAAAAAAUCUCAUACUAGAAUGGGGUGAGGAGAUUCAUAAGGCUGUGGUGACAGCUUUGAAAGAGUUAAACGAGUAUAACCCAAGUGGGAGAUAUGUUGUUCCUGAGCUUUGGAAUUUCAAAGAAGGACGCAAAGCCACUCUAAAGGAAGUCAUUGGUUAUGUCGUGAAAAAUAUUAAGUCACUUAAGCGUAAGAGGGCUUGAUCCUAAGGACGUAACUACUACCUUCCUGCAUGUGAAAAAGAGGUCAUUAAUUUGACAAAAGCAAUCUAUUAUGUGGCUGAUUCUUUGUGGUACACAAGGGGCAUUUUAACCUCAAAUACUUAUUGGACCUACAGGCGAUUGCUUCUCUUUGUUAAUGUUAGCUCAACAAAUCAACACAUUUUAACUCCUCAACGGGAUUUGCUGGUCGAGGUAAUGAGGUUUUUGACACCUUCUCAUGACAACAUGACGAUCAUGACUUACUUGAGGCAGUCUGUUAUGGUCCUUACUUAGUAUCUUUCUAUGGGGUUUUGAUUAAAGGCAAAGGAGGUGCAAAAUUGGAUUGUUAUGUGAAGAGGUUGUGGUAGAUAAGUCUCUUGGUCUCCCAAAAGCAUCUAAUCUAGUCUCUCCUGGAUUUAGAGUACUUGGCUCUUAAGGGAUCAGAAGGUUCUGUCUAACAAGUCUUUAGCUACUAUUCAAUCAUAAGGUUAGGAAAUCCAUCAAGCACAAGAAGUAUACCUGCUUGAUUCAGAAUUCAGCUUCAUGCAAUACUUAACCAGAUCCCAAAACAUAAUUACUGGUCCUUAAAAUAAUUGGAAAUCAGUUAGUUGUUUAAGAAGAGUUAGCUACUUGCGCUUUAUAACAACAAACAGGAUAUAUGCAAGUGUGGAUAGAAGAAGAGUGAUUGUGAAAGGCAUUGAAGAAUAGUAAUGCAAGUCUUUUUCCUGUCUCUUUC